GUUGCUCGGUGUGAUUAAUUUAAAAGUGUCGUUAAAUCAAGCUAGUGCAAGUAGCCUAUAAUUGAUCACGUCAUGGUUUGAGCUAGCAAGCAUCACCGUGUAGAAUUUAGUAAAUUAAGUGUAUUUUCAUUGUGGACUAUGUGCUAACGCUAAGCAUUAGGUUGGAGCCAUGACGCAGUUUUUACCUCCUAAUUUGCUUGCCCUGUUUGCGGCGAGGGAUCCUAUCCCUUAUUUGCCGCCUGCAGCGAAGCUCCCGCAUGAGAAAAAACAAAAAGGCUACGAUGGCGUCGGUGCGUUCCUCAACAUCUUUGAGCACCCAUCAGAAACACCUCCGCCCACCCGCGUGGAAACAAGAGAGGAGCGCGCGGAGCGUCGCCGCCGCGAGCGCGCGGAGCAGACAGCAUAUAAGUUGGAACAAGAGAUUGCACUGUGGGACCCGGCGGCGAACGCCAGGGCCACCGCUGACCCUUUCAAGACACUGUUUGUGGCCAGAAUUAACUAUGACACAUCAGAAUCCAAACUGAGGAGAGAAUUUGAAGGCUAUGGAGCCAUUAAAAAGAUAUACAUGGUGUACAACAAGGAGGACGGCAAGCCGCGCGGCUAUGCGUUCAUCGAGUACGAGCAUGAACGAGACAUGCACUCGGCGUACAAACACGCGGACGGCAAGAAAAUCGACGGGAAACGGGUGCUGGUCGACGUGGAGCGGGCGCGGACCGUCAAGGGGUGGCUGCCGAGGAGGCUCGGCGGCGGACUGGGCGGCACCCGGCGUGGAGGCGCCGACGUGAACAUCAAACACUCGGGCCGCGAGGACAACGAGCGAGAAAGAGAACGCUACAGCCGCGAGCAGAGAGAGAGAGACGAGCCGCGUGGCGGGCGUCGCCGCAGCCGCUCGCGCUCGCCGCGCCGGCGCAGUGCGUCUCGCUCUCGCCGCCGCGAGAAGGAAAGAGACAGGACGAGGGACGACGAGCCAGCUGAGAGCCGGCGGCGGCGCCGCUCCCGCUCCCGCUCCCGGCGGCGCGACAAGGACAAGGAAAAGCAUCGAGACCGCGACGCGCGCGCCGACCGGGACCGGGACCGAGACCGCAAGCGCCCGCGCAGGGACAAGGACAAGGAUCGCGACCGCAAGGAGCCCAAGCUGCGUGUUGACGAAAUCAAGGUCAAACAAGAGCCGCAUACCGACUACCCCGAGUUCACGUUGCCCGCCAUGGACGUUCAGAUCAAACAGGAACCGGCCGAUGACGACGAAAAUAAAUAUAACCCGGAAGAGGCCAACGGGGACGAUUAUAAUUAUUGAGCAAGCGGGCUGUUUACAUAUUUUUUGUGC